AUGCGUAUCUUCUCGAAGGACGUGCUCGAGCUUUCUCCAGCGCAGAAGCAUCUGUACGCCACGGAGACUCAGACUAACUUUCGCCUGAUCGCGAAACUUACGGCCACGCGCUCCCGGCGCAUUCUAUCCUCAGACGACCUUGCUUCACCCGAGUUGCAGACUGAGCUGGCUGAGUUGAGUCAAUUCAUAGAGCUGUCUUACAAUGUUAUGCCUGUGGAAGAUGUAUAUCGUCACAUUGACGUCCUCUCAAGACCUAAUUUCCCCCUGGAGACCUGUAACGCCGUACGGGAAUCGAAGUUCCUGAAGUCUUUCCUGGGCAAAGUCGCGGACCUGCAUGCCUUCACUGCUCAUCGACCAGCAAAGAGGCAACUGAUUCUGGCUAUAUCGGGGACCUGUAAUCUCAAACAAGUUUACUACGACUUGCAUGCGUUCAGGACGACAUAUCCUUACGGGAAAGGAUGCUCUGUGCAUGCGGGAUUCUGGAGCCUGUACAUGGGUAUCAAAGAGCUAGCGCUAGAUAGCAUCCGCAGUGCCAUGCGCGAGCACGGCAAGGAUAUCGACGAGAUCGUGAUCGUAGCACACAGCAUGGGAGCCGCUGUCGGUUACCUGCUGGCUCUGGACUUGCUGCUGCAUGAACGAGAGCUCCUAUCAAGUGUCCUGAAACUCGCUUUCUUCGGCGCUCCAAGAGUCGGUAAUACGCAUCUCGCGGAGUUAUGGUGCGACACCGUUCGAGAGAGCGACCGUCAAUACGGACGCCCCGUCAAAGAGUACUUCGUGAAGGGCUACAACGAUGGUGUCCCAUCCCUUCCACCGUACAAACUAGGUUAUAGGCAUCUCACUGAAACGCCACUAUACUUUUCGGGCGGUCGUCUUUAUCACAUCCCCCCGUCCGAACGUGAGCACGGCUUGUUCGAUGUCUCUCCGGAUUCGCAGGACUUGAGAACGAGCGCACUGUAUCCGAAGGGUGGACACAAUUAUUAUAAUGACAGGGAUCUAGAGCGCUCGACUCGUCGCCUCGCGUGGCUCUAUGAGAACAUGAACAAAACAUCAGAUUGGGAGGAACAAUAUUACAAGGCCAUGAUUGAACCAGAGGAAGCUUGGAAAAGCAAGGCGCCCAAAUAG